UCUCUUUUUUUGUGAAUGAGCGGUGCUCGCUUGAUGAUUCUUCAGAGAUGCGGAGAGGAUUACAGAUAUCUGUCAGCCUACACAAUUAUAGACACCAUAUAAUUUGUCACCCACCCUAGGCUACGUACUGUAUUCAGGAGAAGGAAGAAGAGUAGACUAGGGACUCUACUUCAUUCUCAUAUCAGAGAGAGAGAAGAGCACCACCAUGUCAUCUUCAUUCUCAGACACACUCCAAUUCCGUUUCUCCAGCCCCGUCCACGAUGACUCCAUCCUGCAAAAGAUGAGCCUGCUGAGAGAGGACCGACGCUUCUGUGACGUCACCCUCGUCCUCGGAUCAGGGUCGUUCCGCUUCCCGGGUCACCGGGUGGUCCUGGCGGCCUCCUCUGCCUUCCUCCGGGACCAGUUCCUGCUGCACGAGGGGAGCCGGGAGCUGCUUGUGACUGUGGUACCCAGUGCGGAGGUGGGCCAUCGGCUGCUCCUGUCCUGUUACACAGGCCACCUGGAGGUCCCUCUGAAGGAGUUGGUCAGCUAUCUGACGGCAGCGAGCGCACUGCAGAUGAGCCACGUGGUGGAGAGGUGUGCCCAGGCCGUCUCUCAGUACCUGGACCCCACCCUUGCCCACCUGAAGCUGGAGAGGAGCCCAGAGACCGAGGGAACCCCUCUACCACCACCAGACAGCGUUAAACCCCAACCCAGCUCAGCAAGUCUGGACGAGGGGGAGACCCAGGAGGACCCAGAGGACAGGGACCACAGCCUGACCUCAGAAGACACUCUGGACAGUGUCCACAUGGUACACACUAACAGCACGUACCCUUACAGCCCGUACCCUUACCCGACGGGCGCCCAUAGACGCAAGCAGCGCCCGCCCACGCCAUGCAGAGAGUAUAGGAAGAGGACCUUCCCCCCAGCAGGAAGUCCUGCCCACAGCAGUUCAGGAUUGGCUGACAGCUCCCAGGACCAGGAAGUGGACGGGGACUCUGGAGAGGACAUAUACAUGCUUGCUGCUCGUCAUAUGCAGGGAGUUGGGGGCGGGUCUCCCGAGUCCUCCUUUAGAGUUCUGACGGGGGCAGAGUUUUCAGGACGGGGACAGGAGAUGCUCCUCCAGAGACCCUACCUGUGCAGGAAGUGUGACCGAGGGUUCCACCACCUGGACAGCUAUGUGGGACACCUAAAGGAGCACAGGCUCUAUCCGUGUCUUCUCUGUGGGAAGAGCUUCAGCCAGAAAAGCAACCUGACCCGACACAUCAGGGUUCACACAGGGGUCAAGCCUUUCCAGUGCCCGCUUUGCCACAAGACCUUUUCCCAGAAGGCCACGCUGCAAGACCACCUUAACCUCCACACAGGGGACAAGCCACACAAGUGCAACUACUGCGCCAUCCACUUCGCACACAAACCAGGCCUCCGGCGCCACCUCAAGGACAUCCAUGGCAAGAGCAGCCUUCAGAACAUGUUUGAGGAGGUGGUGUGAGCCUGGGAGCUGCUGGACUUCUGCAGCAAGAGACUUCUGAGUUAAGCAUACCAGUGCCUAAAUGAAAACUACAAAGAAUUUGAACAGCAAAAAAUUUAAACUACAGAGAAUUAGAACUACAAAGAAUUACAACUACAGAGAAUAAGAACUACAAAUAAUUCAAACGACAGAGAAUUAGAACUACAAAGAAUUAAAACUACAAAUAAUGAAAACUAAAGAGCAUUAGAACUACAAAGAAUUUAAACUACAAAUAAUUAGAACUACAAAGAAUUAAAACUACAUAUAAUUAGAACUACAAAUAAUUAAAACUACAAAUGAACUACAAAGAAUUAGAACUACAAACAAUUUAAACUAAAAAUAAUUAGGACUACAAAGACAAGGAGGAAACUAGUGUAAAUGUAUUGCACUCAAUGUGUAUAUAUGCCAGUAUAUAUUCAACUUGUCUGCCUCUUUAAUGAUGUAGCGAGAGUUUUAGCACAGACCCAUGUCUAAAUGAAAACUAUGUAGAAGAACAGGCCAGGAGGGAGAAGUAGACUAAACUAGAGUGGAUUGAAAAGAUAUUGAAAUGACCAACUGAAGAUGAUCUUCCACUAGUUUGCCUCUUUCCUAAUGUGAUGUUUUUGCACUUUAUUUUCUCCCCCCAUCCAGAUACUCUAAUGAGUGUUUUGAUGAACUAGCACAGGAACAUACAGAAUCAGUCAACAAACUGUAGCUACAUCACUGCUAUUUAUAUUUUUGUGCAUUAGAGUGUGUACCCACAAGUGUGUGUGUGUAUUGUGUGUGUGUGUGUAUUGUGUGUGUGUAUUUGUGUGUGUGUAUUUGUGUGU